CACCUGAUAUUCGUUCAGAAUGAAGUUCCUUCUGCUUUUUCCUGUUUUGUUCUUGUGUACUGUCAACAGCCACCCCGAUCGCCGCAGGGAAAUAAAGAUAAAAGUAGAAAACAAGGCAAAAGAAUGUUGUACUGAAACUUCAAAAGAAAGAAAAGAUUUUCAAGAGAGAUAUGUGAAGACAUGUUUGAAGGAAAAACUUAUAUCGGAAUUUCCGAGUUAUAAAGACAAAAUAGAAGGCAAUUUAGGAUCAUUCAUAGAAGUUUUGAAUGAAAAAGGGGAAAUAGUACCUGAAGAUUGCGAAGGAGAUGGUAAAAAAGCAGCUGAAAAGAGUUUUAAAGGCAUGGAAACUUUAUGGGAGAGAAAUAGGAACGGGUAGAUGUCAAGCAGUUAAAGUGACAGACUACCGCACUAGGACAUCCAGGAUGGGAUCCGGAAGGGCGGAAAGAAUUAAAAAAA